CAAUAUUCUUUCAAUUUCAAAUAAAAUUUAAUUAUUUCGUGAUAAUUUCCAAACAAAUAAUAUCCAAACGACAUUGGAAGCGAUGCAAUGUUUAUUAGGGAUAAUCUGUACUAGUUAAGAGAACCUUACAAUUUAUCAAAUAUGAAGAUGGUCUUGUAAAUAAAUUUUGUCCGCCAAUUUCCCUAUAACCUCUCAAGUCGCGACAGUCGGUAGUAUUUCGAGAAUAUUUAUUUAUUAAGUGUUGAUGAUUAUUAUCAUUUAGUGGUUGUCAUUCCAAGAAAAAAUGCGGAAUUCAACUCCUCCAACUCACGUUAUCAAUCUCUCCGAUCAGAUUUAUGCAUUUGAAAUAUCAGGCAGUGAAUGGACGACAAAUCUCUUGUGUAUUGCAGUUACCAAAAAGAUAAUUUUAGGCAUCGUGAAAUUUCCAGAAGAAUCCGAAAUCGAACAAUUCGAGUGGCAUCAACUCAAAGAACUUUACCACGAAUCCCGUUGCCAUGCAAUCACAUUCGCCCCCGAGACAUCAUUGGCAGUUCUCCCUAAAGUCGUCACUUUCUGUGCAGCCGGUGCUGAUUUCAUCCUUCGAAUCUACCGCAGUGACUUACAAAACAGUGAUACAAUUCAGCAGUUGAAAGGUCACACAAGUUAUAUUAACGAUGUGGCCUGGGAACCGGAGGGUGAAUACUUAGCUUCAGUUAGCGACGAUCAUACUUGCAUUAUCUGGAAUGCCCGCGAUAAUUUUGAAACUGUUACAAACUUUUGCUUAACAUCGGCUGGUAUGUCGGUAAAGUGGCAUCCCGAAGAGAUUGGCAAAAUGCUUGUUGCCGAGAAGAAUGGAAUUAUUCAUAUUUAUAAUGCAAAAUCACAGCAAGUAAUUAUGUCGCUGGAGUCACCGAAAAUUCCGUUGAUGUGUGCCGAUUGGGCGUUAUCGAAUCGUUUGUUUAUUACUGCUGUGGCGGGUGGUGAUGUUUUUACGUGGGAUUUACGAAGAGCAAGCCGCCCAGUCGAAACGAAGCCGAUUCACGAAGACGGUGGUCGUAUCGUUAAGUUUAAUCCCAACAACGAGUUGAUUCUAGCGAGUGUUGGGCGUCCAGAUAUUACCCUGAAAGUGCACAACAUGAAGUCUCCGGUGCCACAAAUAGAAGCAUCAGUUAAAUUAUUUGGUGGGCUAUCAUGGCAUCAUCGAUUGCCUUAUGUCGCUAUAGGAUGUGAUAGAAAGUUAUGUUUCUGGAAAGUUCAAAUGAAAUAAAUGGAAUUUAUUGGUUCA